UCCGGGAGCGCCACGUGUUCCGGGUUCAACGUUUCAGCUUCCAGUUCACUCAAAAGUCGAGCGGCGCCUCCGUCUCCAUGGCGCACGGAUCCCUCGUCCAGUACCUACAGCAGAUGUCUGAUGGCCUCGACAACCGGGAAGGCGCCCUUUGUGCCGAGCUGGUGUCCCUGCGGAACUCCCACGUGGGCAACCCUCGUUUGCAGGUGCAGAACCCGGAGCAGAAAUGCCAGGAGUUACUGGAGCCACCUUACGAUGAGAUGCUGGCUGCUCACCUACGGUGCACGUACGCCGUGGGGAACCACGAAUACGUGGAGGCCUACAAGUACCAAACGGUGGUCGUGCAAUCUUUCAUCAAAGCCUUCCAAGCCGACAAAGAAGAAAAUUGGGCCCUGCCCAUCAUGAAUUCGGUCACACUGGACCUCAGGAUCUUUGCCAACAGCGCCGACCUGCAGCUGGCACGGAAAGGGCGGGGAAAAUUGGGGGACACGCUGGAGAAGGCAGCCGACACCCUCAUGAGCUGCUUCCGCGUCUGCGCAAGCGACAAUCGUGCAGGGAUUGACGACUCCAAGAAGUGGGGGAUGCUGUUCCUGGUCAACCAGCUGUUUAAGAUCUAUUUUAAGAUCAACAAGCUGCACCUGUGCAAGCCGCUGAUCCGCGCCAUCGACAGCUCUCCGCUGAAAGACGAAUACACCAAGGCCCAGCGCGUCACCUUCAAGUACUACGUGGGCCGCAAGGCCAUGUUCGACAGCGACUUCAAGCAAGCGGAAGAAUAUCUGAGCUUCGCUUUCAGCCACUGCCACCGUAGCAGUCAGAAGAACAAGCGCAUGAUCCUCAUCUACCUGCUGCCUGUCAAGAUGCUGCUGGGACACAUGCCUACGUUGCGACUGCUCAAGAAGUACGACCUCAUGCAGUUUGCAGACGUUACCAAGGCCGUCAGCGAGGGAAACCUUUUGCUGCUGAACGAGGCGCUGACUCGGCACGAAGCCUUCUUCAUUCGCUGCGGAAUCUUCCUCAUCCUGGAGAAACUCAAGAUCAUCACCUACCGCAACUUGAGCAAGAAAGUGUACCAACUGCUGAGAACCCACCAGCUGCCGCUCGAUGCCUUCCUGGUGGCGCUUCGGUUCAUGAAGGUGGAUGAUGUGGACCUGGAUGAGGUGCAAUGCAUCCUGGCCAACCUCAUCUACAACGGCCACAUCAAGGGCUACAUCUCGCACCAGCACCAAAAGCUGGUGGUCAGCAAGCAGAACCCCUUCCCGGCGCUGUCCUCGCUCAGCUAACAUCCUGUUCGCGCACCAGUGAGGACUGUGAGGGGGCCCAUGACCAGCGGCAGUCUCGACGCAUCAAGACAAGAGUCCGAGCCGUGAUUCAUGAUGUCGAUGCUGCCGGAUGGUCAAGAGGAUUUGAUCCCGAGUCGACAGCACAACCACGAAUGUGGAAAUUGACGAGGCUGGGUCACAAAGCCCGUGGCAUUGACAUGGUCAGGGCCUGGUCAGUGUUGUUUUCCAUCAUCCUUGCAGACAGCUCUGGAGCGCACCCAGUACCCCAAUGACAAUAACUGGUUUAGUAUUUUUUUAUCCGAGUGUCAGUUUCCAACGAGAACUAAUGAAGCCAACGUUAUUAUAUUUUUUCAGAUAUUUUAAGUAGUCAAGAGCUACGUGUUCAUGUCAGUUGGCAUGCCAAUAUAAACCCCCCUUCGUCAUUCCACUGCUGAAUGAGCGCCUCGCAAUGCCAUGUUGGGUCACGGGUGUUAUUUGAGCAUACUUCACCAUGCUGAUCAGUCC